UCAGCAGCAAAAUAGAUACGAAGAGGAUUGGUAUAGUGUAGCUAACCCGCGUUAAACUGAGUUUAGGAGUUUUAAAAACGUUACGCAUACGUAAGAGAGGUAAUUAAUAUACUUUAUAGUUAUAAAGAGUUAAGUGUAAGACAGAUUUAAAUCACCAAAUAAGAGAUUAUUAUUAGUUUUCUCUCUUACUGUGUUAGACUUUAGACUGAGAGAUGGGGCGCGGCAGUGCAGUUAUAAAAACUCUGGUUUUCCUCACAUUUUCUCUUCAUCUUUCAUCAGCUGUCACACACACUCUGCAGUACGUCAACACUGCAGUGACACCAGGAAUAAAUUUCCCAGAAUUCACCUCUGUGGGUCAGGUGGAUGGACAGGAGUUUGUGUACUAUGACAGUAAGAUCAGUAAGGUGAUCGCAAGGACAGAGUGGAUACAGAAGGUCACCGAUGAUGAUCCACAAUAUUGGAACAGAAACACACAAAUUUUACAGAGUUUGCAGGAGAUCUUCAAAGUUGAUAUGGCUAUAGCAAUGCAGCGCUUUAAUCAGACAAAAGGAGUUCACACAUUUCAGAGGAUGUAUGGCUGUGAGCUGGAUGAUGACGGCACCACUAGAGGAUACAGCCAGUUCGGUUAUGAUGGAGAAGAUUUUAUGACCUUUGAUCUGAAGACUCUGACCUGGACCGCUCCGACACCUCAGGCACUGAUCACCAAGAACAAGUGGGAUCCUGAUACUGGAUAUAAUAAGGGCACAGAGGACUACCUGAAGAACGAGUGUAUUGAGUGGUUAAUGAAGUACCUGACUUACGGCAGAGAGACUCAGAGGAGAAAAGAUCGUCCUGAGGUGUCAGUGUUCCAGAAACACUCGUCUUCCCCAGAGGUGGUGUGUCAUGCUACAGGUUUCUUCCCCAAAACAGUGAUGAUCAACUGGCAGAAAGACGGAGAGGACGUGCGUGAGGACGUGGACCUCAGAGAGACGUUACAUAACCAGGAUGGAAGCUUCCAGAUAAGAAGCAUUCUGAGAGUCCCAGCUGAGGCGCUGCAGAAACACAAAUACACCUGCGUGGUUCAGCACAUCACAGGGGAGAUUCGAAAAGACGUCCCAAAAGGUGGAGGAUCGAUUGGUGUCAUCAUCGCUGUAGUCGCGGCUCUCGUCGCUCUUGCCGUUAUCGGGGUUAUUGCUGGAAUUGUGGUCUGGAAGAAGAAGAACUCUGGCUUCAAACCUGUUCCACCCAAACCCUCCUCUGAAGGAGAUUCUUCCUCCAACAACUCUUAAAGUGUGACUGUGUGACUUCCUGCUGAACUGAGAGAGUAAGACAUGAUGGAGUUUACAGUCUAAUAUGGAAUAAACAUCUGUGUGUGGAGAGAAAAUCCAGCGGAAAAGCCUGAACUAACAUUCAGUUGCAGCUCAGAGCUCAUCCUGUUUCU